CUCGAGAGAAGCAACCAGCAUCAAAUCGCUCGCAAUCUCAAUUUCAACCACCUAUUAAGCAAACAAAACAGGCACUUAGCUGUUAUCAUCAGUAUGAAGGUUAUUUACACCGCUCUCUUUGCUCUCGCUGCCACAGCUGUCAACGCCUGCGACAGUACCCUUUGCGGGGGAGCUACUGUUCUUCGAGUUGUUCCUUGUACCAAGGAGUGCAUGGGACGACCAUGCCACCUUUAUGAAUGCCCUAAGAGCCCCUACACUGUAAGAUAAUCUUCAAGUAGUCUCAGAGGUCUCAAAAGCUGACUAUGGUUGUAGUACAUUUGCGGAAAGGACAAGACCAAGUGUGACGAGAUUUGGUAAACAACAUCUGGAAAGGAUCGUCCUUGAGAAUGUUUGCUUGGGAGAGUAUAACUCGAGAGAGUAAGGAGUGAUUCGAGUCGAAGAAUAUUGGGAUUCUGCAGACCAACUCUUAGUCGUUCUUUAUAUCGUGAUCACGAGAAUUUGAGAAAUAAAUUUAUAACCGCCGCAGACUUCCGCAUAAACGCUUUGUGAAUAAGCCUACUUGGUCCAGAUUUCUAGAUGCCAAUUAUUAACACAGUUGUCAUCUUCCAAUUCGCGCGGUAGAGGAUGGUAGUUUCAGCCACAGAGGUAUCAACGGCGAACCAUCGGAAUCUCGCCAUUGAAGGUUCCCGAACAUCGGUACUCGGUGUUGAACAAG